UCUCGUGGUACACCUUCGAACAUGUGUCCCCAAUCCCAGCGAAGAUCAAGUCGGCCUAGCAGCAUAAAUGGUGGUCAUUUGCUGAUGGUCCCUGCCUGUGGCCCCGGGGGGUCAAGCCGCUGUGCCUCCUACCUCACUCUUCACGGUGCCCAGGAGCCAGACCCUCAGGAUAUCGACAUGCCACGGACCCAACGUCGCCGCCAGGCACGUUCCUCGUGUAGUGAACGAGAAUGUCAUCACAGAGGACCCGCCCCCACUGCUAGAAUCUCACAACUGUACUUACAAUCCCAGAGGCCAAGCUACCACCAGUCUUUGCCCCACCCUCAGCUGAUGGAGGACAGACACAGCCAAUCCCCCAUGUAUAAUGACUAUGGAAGAUACGUCACAAGUCCGACUAAACAAAGAGGCAGACCAGAAAAAAUUGCCAAAAGUCUGCCGUUCUUAUAUGAUUUUGCUCUCGAUGGAAAGUCCUACCCUCCGCAUGAUCCAUCAAAUCGUAAAGAAUCUUGGCAAAGUGCCAGAGGAUUUGGACAUUCUCAGUCGUACGGAAAUGAAAUAACAAAUAGGAGCUGGUUUCCAAGUGAAUCUGAUAUUGCAGAGUUCUGUACGGCACAUGAAGACACGCUAAUGAAUUGUACCGAUAACACAGUUUUUGAGCACGGCCCCGAUACCUCCGAGGGCAUACCAUCCAGCCAUGGGAUCUUCAGCAGCAGUCAAACACCAGUCAAUCCAACAGGUAGACAUGUCGGGACGCCGCAGACUGUCAAGGUCCAGAAUUUCUCUGUAAGUCACGUCUACACGGCCGAGGAUACAGGCAGUAAAAAGGCUAUGUUGUUUAAUAAAAAGAAAUCUCAUUUGAGCAUUGAGUGUGAAUCAGAGUCUGUGGUGAAUACGGCUCCUCAAGACUGUACUUCCUGUGACAGCUAUAACAAUUCCUCGCAAAGACAGAUGGACUUCACUAACGAAACACAGUCUCUCUUGGUAGACAAGGGAGGUCAGCAGCCAUGCCUUGUUGCCGAUUAUGACAAUACCACAUUUGAGACAUCCAUGGUAGAAGUGGCACCUAGACUCAGUCUUCCAUUCCAGGAAAAUAUAGGUGACUUUCAGAUCACUGAAAACAAAAGUGUGGCUGCAAUGGUAGACCCGAACAAUAACCUUGAUGGGAAAACCCGUGUACUUCUGAAAUCAACAUGUAGUGAUGUUCUGGUUCUUGAGGAGGGAGAAAGUAUGGUUUAAUCUUGAGAGGAAUGGCCUUGAGUAGGGCGAGUAUGACAGAGCCUUGAGUGGCAGUAAAUGACAUAUUGAGAAUAGGGCUAUCAUAGUGUGACCUUGUGGAUGUAAAGAUUAUGGUACGAACCCCAUUAACCCCAAGAUAAUGAAUAAAAAAAGUUAAAUUGAAGAGGUGAAGAAUAUGGUGUAACCUUCCAGGUGAAUAUUGUGUGACCUUGAUAAAGUGAAGAGUACAUUGUGACCUUGGGGGAAACAUAGUGAGACCUUGAUGGACAGAGUAUGGUGUGACCUUGAUGGAGUGAG